GUCUGCUUUCGUUCCUACGGCUACAUCUACCAUUUCGACACAUGUAAAUCAGAUUAAGCUAUGGAUGGCAGGGCAUUUAAUAAUGAGAGAAGAUCUGAAGAUACAUGUACAUUUAAUGUUGGAAGCAGAGAGACAGGACCUGUGAUAAAAGUGCGAAUCUGGCGUCCUAAGUUUGAUCCACCACAUGUUUCACCUUUCUGUGAUCUCAGUGAAGAUGCUCAGGUUGUGAUGAAAGCCAUAUUGGAAGAAAGUGAAAGGAAAAAACAAUUUAUUUUGAGCCAUGCCGUGCCCCAGCAAAAUGACUCUGUUAGCUACUACAGCUCUGUUUACAGAGGUAGUUUUAAUACAGAUAUUCCAAACACUGGUAUGAUGCCUCCAUCAAGAUGGCAGAAGACAGCCACACAGUCAACCUCUGCUCCAGAAAUUCCAACUUUAUUGGGUGACAUUUCCUCUCAACAGGAUCCCCAAGACGUGGGAACAAAGGCAGAUCAGAUAACACAUGCAAGUAAUGGCCUUAUGUCCCAGCCCAAUGCAAGACUGUCACCAUCAUCAGAUGAUUUUUCUUUAUCCCCACUUGAUCUGUCAGGUGAAGGCCAGGCUGUUUUUGCUGACUGUGCCAGUAAUGUUUCACCACUUGAUGUAGACAGACAAGAAAUGUUAGGAGUGUGGACCCCUCCUAUAACAAAUCACAGUGUUGACCAGAGCAUUGAAUUUUGUCAGAAUGAACCUGUCUUAUGCCUCAUGAAAAAUCAUCCAUUUAUGAAUGAAAAGAUUGACAAUGACCAGUGGAGCUUAAAUGAGCCUGUUGGUCCAGAGCUAUCCCCCCCUGAGUGUGGCCAACUUCUGGACAUCGUAUCUGGAGAUAAUGACAGUAUUAAAAUGUUGUCAAAGGAAGAGAUGAAGAGGAAAGUGGACAGAAUUCAGAGUCAUGAGGAAGAAAUAACUGAUGGAGACAAACCCAUCCAAAAUGAAAUUACUAAAGAUAUAAUAAUUACUUCAAUAACAGGAAUCUGUCCAGCCAAACAGCCCAGGUUACACAGCUGUGACUUAGCCUCUACACAAGACAGUGAUCUGGAUUUAAUAGAAAACAUGUUAAGUGUGAGUCAAGAUUAUGAUAAGAUGACCAAGUCUAAAAGAAAGUUCAAGACCCCGUUCAAACCGUCUGCAGCAACAAGCAAGCAAAUUUCAGCAACUGUCAAGAUUCAAAGCUGUGGCCUUCGAAGCGAGAGCUGGAUUCCAACACGCAAGCUCAUUAGUUGGAUGCCUAACUCAGGGUGCUUUAACCAACCAAUCCAACGAGGACCAUUCCACUUUCGGAAGUUGAUGUGGAUGAUACAGAUGAACAUACAUGAUCAACAUGUGCCACCAACAUGUUCAAGGGGAAUCUUCACCUCAAACACAGAUAAGUUUUGUUUUGAUGAUGACAUACAGAUGAAAUCCCUCAACAUUGUCAAUAUCGGCUUCAUAUCUAAGGAAGACAGAAAGGCUGUCGGCAAUGGUCUUCUUCAGUCUGAAGAAGCAAUCAUCACACUAGUAUUCAAGGAUGGGUCAACUCUGUUUUCAUCAAAUGAUGAUAAGAAAAAACCAAGGGAAUCCAAGGCUGUAGGAGUUGCUAUAGGUCACUACCACAUUGCCCCCAAAACAGAACAAGCAACAAGAAAGGAAACUGAGAACCAAACACUUGCUUGUCUUUACAUUCCAACUGGUGGAAUCAAGGAGAAAACAGACCUGUAUCAAUGGGCAAGAGAUUUUACACGUGAGUUGAUGUCCAGUAAGGUGAGGAAGGUUUCUUUCCUGGCAAAAGAGGUUGUGCUUUUCCUGCUGCAUACCUUUGACUUUGAGUUUUCAGUUGUGCUAUCAUGGAUAAUCCUUGAUGCCAAAGUGGCAUCAUGGUUACUGGACCCUGAUAAUCCAGUUCAGAAUUUUGAAGGCUUGCUUCACACAACUUCCAGAAACACGGAAGACAAAGAUUCCACCUUGGGGACGCUGAUGUCAAACUUUAAACAUUUGGGAUCCACAAUGCUGCAGCUGUUUCAUAAGCUCAAGGCAAGGAACCUUUGGCCUUUAUUCUUUGAACUUGAAACUCCAUUGAUACCCCUAUUGGCAAAAAUGGAAAAAAGUCACAUGAAGGUGGAUGCAGAUAUGUUUCUGAAGUUUUCUGAUGUUUUGAAGAGCAAGUUAUCAAGGCUUGAGAAAAAGGCUCAUAACCUGGCUGGCCAUUGGUUUUGUAUUAACAGCCACCCUCAGUUACGACAGGUGAUAUUUGAAGAAUUGCGCCUUGAUCUAAUUUCCAAGAUGAAGAAGAAGGUCAGCAUGACAAGCGUGAAUCAUGUGAAGUCAACAUCUGAGGCCGUACUGACCCAACUGUCAGAGGGACACCCACUUCCUGCCGUAGUGCUGGAAUAUAGACAGUUGCAGAAGCUAAAGUCUACGUAUGUAGAUGGCCUGAUAAGUUGUGUGGAGAAAGGUUACCUCCAUACCCACUGGGACCAGACUGCUGCUGCUACUGGUAGACUCACCUCCUACCAGCCUAACCUUCAGUCAGUCCCCAAACAGCCUGUCAUCAUCACAGACUACAAAACUUCCUACAUAGUUGGUAAGGAUGAGGAUUCAACACUCCCGGUGUUUGCUAGAGACCCAAUUAUAAGUGUGGAGGGAGCAUCUUUCUUGGCUGCAGAUUUCCAGCAGAUUGAAUUAAGACUGCUGGCACACUUGUCUGAUGACCCCAAACUGAUCAGCAUCUUCACUGGAGCUAAGACAGAAGAUAUAUUCCUAGAGCUGACAUCUCAGUGGUUGGAUAAGCCUUUGGGUGAUGUGACUCAAGCCGAGAGGGAGCAAACAAAACGAGUAGUUUACUCCGUCAUGUAUGGUGCAGGCAAAGAAAAACUUGCUGAAUAUUUGAAGAUAGAGCCAUCACAUGCAAAGGCUAUAAUUACAAGUUUUUUGGAUAAAUUCCCUGCAGUAAACUUUUUCACAAAAAAGUGCACGGAUUUCUGUCGGAGCAAUGGGUACACCUGUACUGUUUUCAAGCGACGGAGACUUAUUCCUAACAUCACUAGCAAAUCUCCCAAGUUGAAAGCUCAAGCAGAAAGACAGGCGGUCAAUUUCUGUGUACAAGGCUCAGCAGCAGACAUCUGUAAGGCAGCGAUGUUACAGGUUGAACGAGCAUUGCUCUUUAGGCCACACCUUAAAGCCAGGCUGUUAUUACAGAUUCAUGAUGAGCUGUUGUAUGAGGUACCCGAUGACAAUCUGGAAGAAUUCUCAGAUCUGGUGAAAGGUGUGAUGGAAUCUGCUGACCAGCUGUGUGGGAAGAUGAUCAAGCUGAAGGUGCCCCUGAGUGUAUCCCUGAGUGUGGGCAAAAAGUGGGGACAUCUACAGAUCAUGAACAAACCAACAAACACAACUUUACUGCCAGGAACAUGCUUCUGAAAUGCUUAUAGUCACUAUACCUGCUUGUACAUAGACCCAGUAUAUCAGCUGGAUUUUAUCUGGAGUAUGUCCCAUCACUGUACCUGCUUGUACACAGACCCAGUAUGUCAGCUGAAUUUUAUCUGGAGUGCUUCCCAUUACUAUACCUGCCUGUACACAGACCCAGUAUGUCAGCAAGAUUUUAUCUGGAGUGUGUCCCAUCACUAUACUUGCAUGUACACAGACCCAGUAUGUCAGCAGGAUUUUAUCUGGAGUGUGUUAGAGAGGGUGCAAGCAGAGAGGACAUUGUUCACACACCAUGAACAAACCAAUAGACACAACCUUAUUGCCAAGAACAUGCUUCUGCAGUGCUUACAAUCACUAUACCUGGUUGUACACAAACCCAAUAUGUCAGCUGGAUUUUAUGUGGAGUGCUUCCCAUCACUGACUGUAUCUAAUUAUACACAGACCCAGUAUAUCAGCUGGAUUCUACCUGGAGUGCUUCGCAUCACUAAACCUGCUAAUACACAGACCCAGUAUAUCAGCUGGAUUUUAUCUGGAGUGCUUCCCAGCAGACAGAGAGGACAUUUACACAUCAUGAACAAACCAAGACACAAGCUUACUGUCCGUAACACACUUGUUGACCUUUAAUUUGCGUGGUAAAAGUUGCUGUUAUGUAUUUUCGUUCACCUGCUAUUCAGAAAGUUUUAGUAAAGGUUUUGUAUGGGUGAACCUCUGUAGAUGCCCAUACAUAGGGUUGUGCCAUAUGUAGGUCGAUGCAUGGUGUUUGUGUGGUCGAGCUGUAACUUACAUAUAAAGCUUAUUCCGUCUGAUGCAAGAUAUCAGUGCAUAAGUUAUACAAUUUAAAGAAAAGUGGCUGCAUAGUAUAUGUUUUGCAAUAAUAAACUCUUUUCAGGGAGUGAAACAGGUUAGCAACUUUUUGUCGGCUAUAUUGUUACAAAUCAGUUAGUAACCUGCUGCUCUGAUCUCAGUUUAAAAAAAACAUCACGUGAUGUAGCCUACACACUGGGUAAGGUGCAUAUGAACUAUCUAAUCCAUCAUGUUAAUCAACAAGGAAAGACACACGGAGUGGACCCAGAUUUUUGAAGGUUUAAACUGGCGUUUUCAGAGGAGAGAACAAGACUAGAUACGGUCUGGGUAAACCUUGUGGACUUGAAUACAAUGAUUUAUUAUUUAUUUGAUUGGUGUUUUACGCCGUACUCAAGAAUUUUUCACUUAUACUACCUCGGUCAGCAUUAUGGUGGGAGGACAACGGACACAGCCGGGGGAAACCCACGACCAUCCGCAGGUAGCUGAAUUACCUUCCCACGUAAAUACGAUGAAACUGGAACAACCACUGUGACUCGUAAUGACAACGCGGUAAAUACUUUUUUUGUUUUUUUAACUCUUCUGACAUGUUUUAUUCCAGGUUUAUUUGUGAAUCUGUCUUCCAUAGAAAUCCUCAGGAGGUGUGCCAUAAGACUUGUUUCAAGAUGACUGAUGAUGAACUACAAACCGUGUCUUCCCCAAGUACAUCCCCAUCUGAUGCACAUGGACCUUUAUACUCUGGCUAUCAUAACAUUUACAAGAAGCACUCGGUUCAACAUAAUGAAGCCGGUGAUAUUCACGGACAGAGGAGGUUUUCACUGCGACCAAACCAAAAUGCAGAGAGGAGGGCAUCGAGAAGUGAACGGAGACCCAGUGAGAUCUCUAUCCAGGAUCUCGCCGUUAAUUUGAGUGGCGGUGCUAACAUGACCGAACUGAAGCGGGACUCGGUCAGCUCGAUGGUGUCCACGACCUCUACAGCCACCAUCUUGCCGAACCCGUACAACCGGUUUAACCACCAUAUCCAUGCCGUGUCUAUCUCGCCUUGCUGUAUGGUAUUUUUCCUCAUCUGUUGCCUGCCUGCCGUUCGCACCAUGAACAAGUCCGAUCGAUUCUAUCAAGUGGGAAACGACUCAAAAGCGAAAGUUUAUGCCAGAUGGGCAACAUUCCUCUUCUUCUUUGGCAUGUUCCUGACACUGCUGACGGGUAGUGUCAUCUUGUUUAUCGUGGUGUAUCUUACAACCAGGAAGAACUGAAACUAGCGAUGAUACUUUUGCACUUUUGGUAAGCCUCAUGAAGUCCCAUAACCUAACUCAGCUGCCGAUAAUUUGUCUGAAACUCACUUUUAUGUAAACUUUCCUGAACUAGCACACUCCCAGUUACAUCCACAUGAGAGUACCACAAUGUACAUACGCACACCGAAUUUAACAUCAUUUAUGAGAUGCUGGUACGCAAAUUUAAAUGGAGGCGCUUUCUGAUACUGUAUGCAACAACGCAAGAAUUUGUGUGACUGAUAUGUAUAGAGACCAUUGUGAUCUGCAGCUUUAAAACACUUUCGUUUAAAAAAGCUGUAUAUUGUAAAGUAUUGGUCCCGCAACAUGAUGCCGGUUGCGUGUAGUGUACUGUUGGGAAUACAGCUUGAUGAGAGGUCACGAGAAAUGACAAAAGGUCUGAAGAAAGAUUGUCUGUUGAAAGAUUUAAGAUCUGUGAACUUAACGUGUUAAAGAAUCAAGUCUCUUAUUCGAUAACACUUCAUGGUUUUAUAUUAUCAAAGAAUGUGUUUUAUUUUUAAAGUGUUCUUAAAAUGUUGAAUACGGCUUUAUGGGGAUGUAAUAUAGGGUUAAAAGGAAAACAUAGCCUCAAAAACGCACGUUCCGGUGACCUACAUUGCAUCACCUGUCAGGUGUCAUGAGUAGAGCGCACGCUGCACUUGUGUGACACGCAUCAAGGACUCUUAAGGGGAUUCGGGACUCAAUAAAUUCAUAGAAGAAACGUUUGCGCGCCGUCUACCGAGAAGAUGGAGGACCAAUUGAUCACCUUUUCAAGUAAAACAAGGGAGAACAUCAUUUUGAAAUGUCCGGAACAUGCGUUUUUGACUCUGUUUUGAUUUUGGUCCCGUGAAUAGAAAUCUUAAAGGAUGAAAUUGAAAUUUGUUCUGUAUACUUAAGACAUAAUGGCUUUUGAGUGUAAAUUUUUCGAAGCUGACAUAAGAAGGUUUCGGAGAUAUUUAGUGUCAAAGUACGGCCCAUUUCUUUAUACCCACCCGAGGCGGUCAGCAUUAUGGCGGGAUGAAACCGGGCAGAUCCUAGGUGUUUAAACAUCUACUACAGUGUGAAGACGUGAAUGUCUCAAAAGGAGGAUUAAAUGAUAAGGAUUGAGAUAGUCCGAACUGCUUUUCUAAAUUAUUUAAAAAAUAGCAAUGUAUCAAAACUGCUGUCACUAGUUUCGGAGGAUAAUACAGAAACAAAACUUUUCUGUCGUUACCAAUUUUGCCUGGUGUUACGUCAUGCAAGAACAUUUGGCGUCACCCAUCCCUGACGUAAAGCAGCAAAUGACGUCGGCACUUUCAAGCGCGCAUGACGUCAUUCCAGGAUAACUGCCUUACCCAAGGUCACAUCUACUUGAUUCAUCGUCACAUAAGGAACAUUGUCACGUCACAUCAGGAAAAUUUUACGGAAACUGCCGAAGAUUUUGUUUUUGAGAACUUUUCACUUACAUUAGUUAAAUAGUGUUAUUCGUCGUAAAUCUUAUUGAACCCUGGUGUUGGCUCUGUUCCCUAGGGUAUCCUUUUAUAUCAUUUUAAUAUUUCCGCGUAGCUUCUCUUAGGACUGAAGUAACACUUUAACAAACUAUACCUCUGAAAACGAAAAUAUAUGUAGGCCUACAUGCAAUCAAGUAGGGAGACAUCGUUAGAUUUUACAAGCUUUGUUAGAUUCAUUUGGUGUGUUGAUCAACAGAGAUUUGGACUGUGCCUAAGUGCAACAUAAGUUUAAUCAGACUAAUGCCUUGUAAUACCACGUUCAUCCUAU